UUUAUGCCCAUAGUUGAACUUAAUCCAGCCUCCGUCACACUCAAUACGAAUACUACAUUCCACGGCAAUCGACGCUCAGACUCAGACUCAACUUGAUGUAAACACUCUCCGCACUAAAACACACGCCAAGCCUUCAGCCCCAAACUUGGGCGACGUUAAUUGGCCAAUGCGUACGCUAUUCUUUCAGCUCAGGCUUUUGAUUGAACGCCAAAAGCAUGCCGUUUACCCCUGAGUGUGCUGUAGGGCUGAUUCGUGACUGGAUCACGGCACAUGGUACCAUAACUAAUAUCACAUUGGCGAGACACGGUGAAUCCUUGGGGCGGUGGGUGGAAAUGAAGUGAGACUAGUUGGUGUGCUAGAGAGUUCGUUUAAUGGGGAAUAUAGACUAUUAAAGGAGCUUGAUCCUCUUGUCUUGCUCUGUCUCUCUCUUCCGCAUCAACACUCUCUCUAUCUCAAGUCUAUCUUCAGUCUAUCUAUCUCAACAGAUAUCUCAACAGAUACCUCAACUUCAAAAUGCAGUCCAUCAUCCUCACCUCCCUCCUCGCCACCGCCGUGAGCGCCAACUUCAUGGCCCACCCCCUCAUGAAGCGCGAUCUCCUCGCUCCCCGCGCAACCGCCCCAGCCGUCGGCGGCAUCACAGAAGAGUGCCAAACCGCCAUCCUCGACGUCUACAAGACCCUCCCCACGCCUCCCCCCGCCAUCGUCUCCGACAUCACAGAGAACCCCCAGACCGACCCCUGCUCCUUCAGCACCCCCGCCUCCCUCUCCAAGGACUACGCCAGCUACAGCUCCCAGAUCCUGUCGUGGUACAGCAAGAACGAGGACGAGAUCAAGUCUGCUCUCUCAGAAUGCCCUGAGCUGAGCCAGUACGCUACUGCUGUUCCUGUCUGCGCUACUGCUGCUCUUGGUGGAAAGGGUGGUGAUGCUGAGAGUGCUACUACUACUGCUGAGAAGCCUGAGAAGACUUCUGCUUCUUCUGGGGACAAGACUACUGCUGCUGCGGGUGAGGAGACUUCUGCUGAGAGUGACGCCGCUUCUACUCCUACCUCUUCUGCUGCUGCUGUUGAGACCAACGGUGCUGCUCGUGAGGGUGGUUUCAUCUACGCUGCUGCUGCUGUUGCCGGUGUUGUCGUCGCUGCCCUGUAAGAGGGCUUAUAUGAGGGGAAGUUGUUGGCUAUCUAUGAGAUUUAAGUUUAUCUGCUUUUAAUACAAGACAUGUCUCUUUCACAAAUCUCGUAGAAAUGUAAUCAUGAAUAUCGUGAACGUCGUCUCAGUGUAGUCGUGAGAUCUAAUCUAGUGUUUGUCCAUCA